ACAUCCAUAUCAUUGACAUCUUCUUUCACCAGUCCAAUCCUAAGCUCUUAUUGUUCUCCUUUAGUCACCUUCUUCCUCUAUCAUUCUACCGGCACCGGUCAGAGUUUUGUAACCACUAUUCUACCGGCCAGUUCAGAAGUGCAAGAAUUUAUUGCAGAAGAUGGUUGGACAAAAGAGAGGCAGCAUUGCCUUUUUUGCAACCUAUCGAACACCGGUGCCACUAGACAUAUUCUCAUGCCCGCUCCCAUUUCCAACUAACCCAACGGGGAAUGAGGAAGUCUCCAUGAUUGACGACAGCAAAGAUGAAUACAAUUACAAUGGACGAGAAAUUCCAAAGGAUGCUCUCAAGAAACUUCUCAAGCUCCCAAAUUUGAAAUCGAAAACCGAAGGCAAAGAAGCCGAUGUAGAUAACGGUAAUCUUUCAGGCAUUAUUUUCGUCUCUGAGCGAAACAGGCUGGAAUUGCUUCACAUAGCUCUACGCUUUCAGAGCCCGCCCAAGGUCGAAGUUUACCUGUUAGCUCAAAUUUUCGGUGUAACCGAUGAUUUCAACAAGGUUUGCUUGGAAGAUAGUGGUUGCUUUACUGAUAAUCAUCUCAUAUAUGUUAGCACCAAGGAGCCAGCUAAGGAACGUCGUCAGCCUUGGACUGCCGUUUAUCAAACCAAUCUCCAGAGCGGAGCAACUAAACGUCUCACACCGACAGAUACUGCUGAUUUAAGCCCCUCGGUCUCACCGUCCAAAAAGAUGUUAGCUGUGGCAUCUUACCAGGGAAAGGAAGGUGGUUGGGGAGGUGAAAUUGAAGAUCUGAAGACUAACAUUUAUAUCAUCGAUGUAGAAUCACCCGAAAAACGCACGAUGAUUGUAGAGAAUGGCGGGUGGCCAACUUGGGGAAGUGACAAUGUCAUAUUCUUCCACCGUAAGGAUGAUCCGAUAUUUCAUCCAAAAGGCGAAAAGUUUCCCAAGGACGUAUUUUGGGGUGUAUACAAAGCCGACUUUAGAAAUGGUGUUGAAAAUUGUAUUGUAAAACGUGUAACUCCACUAAAUAUCGAUGGGUUUGUUAAAAAUAAAAAUUAAUUUGUGAUCAUUAUUCUAGAAUAAUCUUGAAGUUCCCUAGACUAGGUAAAGCCCAAUACAUUCUAGAGUUUUUGGGCCUCUAGAGUCUUCUUUUUAGUCACAUGUAAUCUAGAGAAUUCUUUCUCUAGAAUUCUCUUAAGGCAUAGUAGAUCAUAGUCUCUAGAAUUUUCAUUUCUAGAGUUUUCUUCACUAGGCCUAUAAAUAGGCACUCCAUGGUUUCAUUUUGAUCAUCAAAACUCAAGUGAGUAACCAAGUAGUAGAG